AUGACAUCGAUAUUAAAUAUUACUAGCUUUUAUAACUUAAAAGCUGCUAAUAUCUAGACUUGCGUAGGCAAUGUUCUUUAUUGUGGAAUUAGAUUAGCUAAUCAAGCUUUUUUAACUAAUUUUACAUCUGGUCCAUAUGAAAUAGUUAGUAUGGUUGGUACAAUAUCUGAAGGUAAUAUGCCUCAUAUUCACAUAUCACUUUCAGAUAAAUAUGGAAAUAUGAUAGGUGGACAUUUGCCUUCCUUGGAAGAAAGACAGCUCUAUAAUCAAACUGAUUUUAGUUGUCCUGUUAACACUACUGCAGAAAUAGUUUUAACUGAAAAUAUUAAUUUAGUAUUUUAAAGACCGAUUGAUCCAUAGACUACUUAUGAUGAACUAUAAAUAUCAUACAAAAAUUCCACUUAAGUGGCUUGA